UUUUCAGCAGCGGACAAAAACAAAGAUGAAGGCGUUUGUUUGGCGCGCGAUUUUAUUGCUUACUUUUAAUACAAUAAAAAGUGAUUUUCCAUGAAAAUCAUCUGCGUAUAAUAUACACGGAUUAUCAAAUAAAUAUUUUGAGCAACUUACUGAAGUUAUAAAUAAAGAGGAAUUUCGUCGAACAUCAGUCUGUGAGUGAACGAGACGUGUUUGAUUAUUAAAUAUGAUGGCAGGUAGGGGCAGAGGGCAUCUCACUUUCUCUGUGGAGAUUGUUGGGAUCAGUAAAGGAGAAAAUCUCCCUCCAUCCUGCGUCCAGCCGACCCCUUUGUUCCCUCCACUGGAGCAGAAGCCGGUGCCCCUGCAGGGAGGUGAGGAGGCCGAGUACAUGCUGGCACUCAAGCAGGAGUUCAGAGGAGCCAUGAAGACGCUUCCGUUUUACAUCCGUCCAGCUGCACCCAAGAAAGAUGUUGAGCGCUAUUCUGACAAAUACCAGAAAAUUGAGACUUCUGACAACAGCUUGGAAUGGAAGCCAGACUGGAGGCGCUUUCCGAAGGAGUUGCGUGUGAGAGAGAAGAGACCCCAGAGAGACAAAAGCCCAGCUGUUCCAAAACAACCCAAACAGCCACGAUUGGACAAAGAGGAGAUCAUAAGUAAACUGGAGUCUCUAGAGCAGAAAGAGAAAGAGGGGAGUUCUGAUGAAGAGGAGGGAGAAAAAAAGAAGCCAGAGGAGGAAGAGGCUGAGGGAGAGGAGAAUUAUGACGAAGAGGAGUUUGAGGACGAAACAGAUUACAUCAUGUCCUACUUUGACAAUGGGGAGGAGUUUGGAGGGGACAGUGAUGAUAAUAUGGAUGAAGCCAUUUACUGAACAGGUGAUGCCGGCUCUGUAGAGUCCUUCUCUGGACAGUGUGUGUGUCUCUGAAGCUGUCUGUCCCUCAGAACCUUUCUGUGACAGAUCAUUUUGUCUGGCAGCUAAUGUUGAGAUCUGUAUUCAGUGACUUUCCUCUUAUCCGGCGGGUUGGCAGGGUGGCAGAUUGCUGACGGAGAAUGUUAGAAUCUGUGUGCCAUGGCUGGAGCAGAGGAAGAGAGACAGUGACUAAAAUGCAUUCUGAUAUCUGCCUCCACACACAAACACAAACACACACUCCUAUCUUAAUGCAGCUAUAUGUCUUUUAGAGCUUUGUAACUGAUUGUUAGAGAUUGCUGAAACUAUUUUUAGGAAUUUGUUCUAUAAAGUAUGUAAGUUUUAGUCUAAGUUUUAAAUAGUUACAUUCAUCUAAAUAACUUUUAUACAUUUUAAUAUUGUAGAUGUUUAUUUUAGAUGGUAAGCAAGUGAUGUUCUUCAAACCUUGCUGUGAUUGUAAAUAUUUUUUAUUGUACUGUUUAACCAUUUGGUGUGAUAAAGUCACACUUCGUGAACACUUUGUUUUGUUAAUGGCCUGUUGUGGCCUGUAGGGGGUGUGCAACUAUUGUUUAAGUUCUAGAACACAAUUGUGCCAAACAGUGUUGGCAUUGCUGGUUAUUUUCCUUAACACUGUUUGUGUAAAUUUAUAUUUGUCAUCAGCUGAUGUUUUCCUUACUCACCCACCCACUUGGUAAACAGACACGAUCUGGACUGGAAACAGUUGUAUAAUUGUUAUUCAAUGUGUUUGUGUGAGAGAGAGAGAGAGUGUGUGCGUAUGUCUGUGUGUGUGUGUGUGUGUGUGUGUGUGUGUGUGUGAGAGAGAGAGAGAGAGAGUGUGUGUGUGAGAGAGAGAGAGUGUGUGUGAGAGAGAGAGAGAGUGUGUGUGUGUGUGUGUGAGAGAGAGAGAGAGAGAGAGUGUGUGUGUGUGGGUUUGGGUGGUUUAUGAGGACAUUUUUUUUAGGUUACAAACUGGUAAUUACAAGGGUAUUAUGCUAUAAAUGUGGUUUAUGAGGACAUGUCUAGUGUCCCCAUAAUUCAAAAAUGCAGAAAGUUUUUUGUGAGGGUAAGGUUUAGGUGUAGGGUUAGGGGAUAGAAUCUAUAGUUCGUACAGUAUAAAAAUCAUUAUGUCUAUGGAGAGUCCUCAUAAGGAUAGCCGCACCAACGUGUGUGUGUGUGUGUGUGUCAGUAAAUAGUUGUACUUGAUA